CACUUGAAAGUGCAAAGGAGGUGUUUCCCUCUACUGGUUCAUCUUCACCAUACCUCUCUGCUUUCUGCUUCCUCCUCGUAAUCCCCAAGUGAAGAUGAGUGGCAUGCUGCAAAUAUGACGUCGCUGACUAGUGUCAUUGCCUCCCACCAGUCUGAGUGGGUGUCUUUCACUGAUGAGCUGCUCCUCCCUGUUAACCCACGAGGUAGCACUGAGGAGCCUCUGGAGAAAUGUUUUUCUUCCUCAGAUACCUCCUCAGAAGAGAACCACAAUGCAGAUGGAGAAUUUCAAGACCUCUCUCACACAGAGCUGGAAGAUGCAGCUGACCAACCCAAGGUGGCUUCUGCUGUGCUUGGGAACCCUGUGUGUUCCAGCACUGAUCUGUCAUCAUCCAUCAGUGCUUGGGUUCAGUUUGAGGAUGCACCAUGGACCAGUGCUCCAUCAACCCACCCCCAAGCAGUGUCUCCAUCAAAAGCACCCAGCUGGACUUCCCCCUCCUCCAACUCUUCUGAGAGGCAAGCCCGUGCCUCGGAGAGCAGCUGGACAACCAACUCAGAGGACACCAGCACCCCAAGCAUUGCUCCCUCCUAUACAGAUCUGCAGUCAAUUAAUACUGAGGACUUGACCAGUGGUGGAACGUCUGCAGCAGAUUCAGCUGACAAUUCCUCGUCUCUCCAGGAAGAUGAAGAGAUAGAUAUGGAGGCUGUCAACUGGCAGGUGAACAACACCUCCAUGAAUGGGCAUUCAUCUACCCCAACCACAGUUCGCUUUCCCAGCUGGGUGACUUUUGAUGACAAUGAAGUCAGUUUUUCACCGCAGAACCUUUCUCCCUUGAAAACAGACACCCCACCUGCAGAAACACAGACUCCAGAUGUUAACUUUAACCUCACUACAUCUUUUAAGAAAAGAGAACGUCCUAAAAGCACAUUGGGGGACCUCUCCAAAAUUCAAAAACUAGAUCUAUCCUCCUUAACCAAGUUGCCUUCUGUUGAAACACCACCAUGGAGUGCUACUAAUCCCUUCCUGGAUGAAUCUCUACGAGAUGUCCAACCCUCACCCAUCAACCCAUUCAGUUCAUUCUUUGAGGAGCGAGACAGGCGUUCCAAAAGCUCAUCUGUCUCCAGUGCUCCAGGCAAAAGCCAAAGAGACUCUCUCAUUAUUCUCCAUCAGGAGCCUGACACCAUCAGUUUCCAUGAGGCAAACAAAAGCGUAACCCACACAGAUGCUGUAGAGCAGCUCAAGCAACUCCAGAUUGGAGACCCAGAUGAUGUGAGCAGCCCUACCUUGCCUGAUGAUGACCCCAUGAUGCCAUAUGAUCUGGAUGCAGCCUUAUUUAACCUGGCACCAGCUCAGCCAAAGGAUGGAUGGCCAAUGAUGCUCAGGAUACCAGAGAAGAAGAAUAUUAUGUCAUCCAGGCACUGGGGACCAAUAUAUGUCAAGCUGACUGACAGUGGAUGUAUACAACUUUUUUAUGAGAAGGGACUGGAGAAACCUUUUCGGGAAUUCAAACUUGAAAUCAAUCAUGAGAUUUCAGAGCGCAAACUCCAGAACUAUGAUGAGAAUGGAAGGAUACACAGUGUGCGUUUGGACCGCACUACCUACAAGGAGAAAAAGAAGUAUCAGCCUAAACCAGCCAUUGCUCACACAGCAGAGAGAGAGCAAAUUAUCAAGCUUGGGACUACAGAUUAUGAAGACUUCCUUAGCUUCAUCAGUGCUGUACAGGACACGCUGAUGAACUUGCCAGCCUCAUCAACAGAUCUGAGCACAGUGGGACUAAACUAUCAAGAAGAAGAAAUCACGGUUGAUGUCAGGGAUGAGUUUCGUGGCAUCUUGGCCAAAGGAGACAGUGUGAUUCUCCAGCACAGUGUGCUGACCCAUAUCUAUGUUCUCAGCUUCCUUUCUGGCCUGGCAGAAUGCAGGCUGGGCCUUAAUGAUAUCCUGAUCAAAGGGAAUGAAAUAGUUGCAAGGCAGGAUAUUAUGCCCACUACUACCACUAAGUGGAUUAAAUUAUACAGCUGUCGGUUCCAUUCAUGUGUGGAUGAGGAUAUGUUUAAUAACUCCCGUAUUAUCCUGUUCAACCCCUUGGAUGCCUGCCGGUUUGAACUAAUGAGAUUCAGAACUGUCUUUGCUGAGAAAACUUUACCUUUUACUCUGAGGACAGCUGCCAGCAUCAAUGGUGCUGAGGUGGAGGUACAGAGCUGGCUGAUGAUGUCCACUGGAUUCUCUUCCAACCGUGACCCUUUAACUCAGGUCCCUUGUGAAAACGUGAUGAUCCGCUACCCAGUGCCAAAUGAGUGGGUGAAGAACUUCCGCAGGGAGAGCGUGCUGGGGGAGAAAUCUUUGAAAGCCAAGGUGAACAAGGGGGCCACUUUUGGAUCAACCAGUCUGUCUGGUUCUGAGCCAGUAAUGAGAGUAUCUUUGGGAACUGCCAAAUAUGAGCAUGCCUUUAAUUCCAUCGUGUGGAGGAUAAACCGCCUGCCUGACAAAAACUCAGCUUCUGGCCAUCCUCACUGCUUCUUCUGUCACCUAGAGCUUGGCUCUGACCGGGAAGUGCCUUCCAGUUUCGUCCGCUAUGUCGAUGUGGAAUUUGACAUGCCCACCACUUCUGCAUCCAAAGCCACUGUUCGGUCCAUCUCUGUUGAGGACAAGACCGAUGUGAGGAAGUGGGUCAACUAUUCAGCACACUACAGUUACAAGGUCGAAAUAGAGCAGAAAAGAAGCUUGAAUGAGGAUCUGAAGGGAGAAGAUACUGCAAAUGUUAAUGAAUGUGCUAUGCAGUGAAGGAAGAUCAGUCUGCAAGUCCCAGAAGGGGUGGUCAAAUUAACAGACGUGGAAGAAAGGAUUUGCAGGGUUUUGGUGUUUUUUCUUUUGAAAAGUAUGGAGUACUACUUUUAAAAUAAUGCUCUGGAAGAGUAUUAUUUUUCCUUGUGAUGAUCUGUACUUUGAGAAGCAGCUCAUCAGUGGUUUGUUUGAAGCGGACCCAUGGGCUUUUUCUGGAACGAUUUAAGUACAGUUGGGGAACAGACAGAAUGACUCGUAUUACAGUCAAGCUUGCCUUUUCUGCCUCUUCAACAUCUAGGUUCUGCACUGAAGUAUGGUCUGGCCACCAUCACAGCCAAACCAGAAAGCAGCCUUUAUCUCACUUACAAUCUUGCCCUCCUGUGUUAAGCAUUUCUAUUGUAUGCCUGUUGGUUCGGUCAUUGGCAGAUCCACUUCCUUCUGAACUGCCAGAUAAAACCCAGGGAACAUCAAGUGAAAAAUUUUGUAAAAUCUCAUUUCUGAAGUGGUCAACAAAGUGAAAAUCCUGAGCAUCAUUCUGGAGAAUCAAUAAACUCUGCAUCCUAAACAUAGCAACCGGCCAAGCAGAUGAACUACAGAUAGGACAGCUAAUCAUGUAGCUGUUCUUCUGUUCACCCCUUCCUGUCUCAUUCUCUGAACAACAUGUCAUUGUGCUCAUUUUCCUGGGGUCUGCACAAGUUACAGUUUCUUAAAAUUUGUAUUUGUUUGUCUGGGCUCUUCUAUUAUCUUGAUGGAACAUGGUUAUGGCUACUAGUAACAGGGAAUGUGUGUUAUAAUAGAGCUGAUACAGGAGGGACUUGGCUGAGAUUAGAUCAUUCCUGCCUAGAAAGAUAUUUAAGGAAAAACAUCGGGGUUUGGUUUUGGGGUUGGUUUUUUAAAUAUGUUUUCUUCGAUGGGUAAUGUGGGUGGUUACUGAAAAUGGCAGAACACAAUUAUUUUGAUAGACAAUGUUGUUUGCCUUCCUGACAAUCCUUGGAAGUCUGUCCAGCACAAUAUUACUUUCAUGUUCUAUCUUGCACCUACAAUAUAAGUAACUUGUAUCUUUAUAAAACCCCCACUACCUGGGACCCAAAAUCUCUUUUCAGACAUUAACAACAAGCUUCCAUCAUGGAGACUUUUUUUAUCUCUACUUAGAUGAAAGAAACAGCAAGUCUUAAAACGUCUUUCUAAACAAAAGUCACUCAUUCAUAUAUAUUUUCAGAGAAAACAGCGUUCAAAGGACCCAUUUUUGUAGUUGUUUCCAUAGCUUAUAUAAUAUUGUGUCUCGGGGUAAUUUUAAAUUAUUAGAUCAUUUAUCUUUGGAAAGGUUACUUCUGACUUUGAAAUCCCACAUUUGGAAAGCCUUGGCAAUGUAAUUUAAAAUCAUAAUGAAUUAAAAUGAAAUCUAUUUAUAAAUUUAUUUUAUUUUACAUUUCAUAUAACAGAAAAUUAAUACACUUUCAACUUACUACUUUUACUGCGACUCCUGUAAAAAUCACUACAAUGUUAAAAUCCCAAAUAAAACAUGAGAUUUAUUACACUGAGUCUAAAACUGGUAGUGGUAGAGUUUAAAACAAAUUAUAGGGAACUUAUAAAUGCCUUUUUAUAUGCACCUAAAUUUCAGGUCUGUGUCAAUAUAGUGAUAUCUAUUUACGUGGGUACACUACUAUAAAUAAGUAAAGUGUCAGUGCUUCUAGGACUGCUUAAUAAGCAUGUAAUACUCUUUUGCAGGGAGUCCUACUGAAGCCCAGGUUGCUCCUUGGAACACACCAGUCAGGACUAAGCAUUUGCAACAUCUCUCUGUCAAUGGAUGAAUGCUAUUAACUUUUAUGAAGCAUUUUGAGAUCAGUGGAUUAAAAUUACCAAUAAAGUGCAAGGCAUUAUUAUUUAUGAAAUGGUAAUUUGUAUAGGUUGUGAAAUAUCUGAGAGAUGGGGCUGAAUUCGUGACUGAUUCUCAGCUCUGUUACAGUCUGGCUGU